CCCGCCAGGCCACGUUUUGUUUUUGUUAUUUUCCAUCGGAAUAGUUCUCGAGGCCCUUCCCGAGGACUGGCCGCGCCGCAGCGGGCGGCCCGAACCUUCCAGGUGACAGCCGGUCACCCGGGUAGGAGUCAGCUCCGCCCAGAGUCACCCCCUCCCGCCCACAGCCCCACUCACCGCCCAGCCCGCCAGCGCCUGCCCGAGGGAGCGCGGCGGCCGCGGCGGGGCUGCAGCGCUCGAACAGGCGGCGGCGGCAGGGACCCUCGGCCUUGUCCUCUGACCCAGCAGACCCGCCGCCGAGGAAGGGAGGGGUCCGACACCCGGACGCCAGCCGGAGAACUGAGGAUGCCCAUUUAGUCCGCCCUCUGCUUCCCGUCCAGCUGCCGGGCUCUCGCCUCGGUGCCGGUUGCCCGCGCCCGGGGCAGUGCCGCAUGGGGCAGGGCCACUGAAGACCGAGUGCGCGGCGGCGCCGCUGCGAGGCGGGCGCGGGUGCCCGGUGCAGCAGUUGGCACAGUUUCGGAAGCGCCCUCGGCGCGGGAGUUGGGGGCGCGGUGCGCCCGGCCGGCCCUCGCGAGGCGUGAGUUAUGGAGCCGCCCAGCUGCAUUCAGGAUGAGCCUUUCCCGCACCCCCUGGAGCCCGAGCCGAGCGCCGGGAAGCCGGGCGACAAGCAGUUCCGACUGUGGUACGUGGGGGGAUCGUGCCUGGACCACAGGACCACGCUGCCCAUGCUGCCCUGGCUCAUGGCUGAGAUCCGCCGGCGCAGCCAGAAGCCCGAGGCGGGCGGCUGCGGGGCGCCGGCGGCGCGCGAGGUGAUCCUGGUGCUCAGCGCGCCUUUCCUGCGCUGCGUCCCCGCGCCGGGCGCCGGGGCCUCCGGGGGCACCAGCCCGGCGGCCGCGCAGCCCAGCCCGGCCGUGUUCAUCUUCGAGCACAAGGCGCAGCACAUCUCGCGCUUCAUCCACAACAGCCAUGACCUCACCUACUUUGCCUACCUGAUCAAGGCUCAGCCUGACGACCCCGAGUCGCAGAUGGCUUGCCACGUUUUCCGCGCCACAGACCCCAACCAGGUUCCUGAUGUGAUCAGCAGCAUACGGCAGUUAUCUAAAGCGGCCAUGAAAGAGGACGCCAAGCCCAGCAAAGAUACUGAAGAUGCCUUUUACAACUCUCAGAAGUUCGAAGUCUUGUACUGUGGAAAGGUGACGGUGACCCACAAGAAGGCCCCGUCCAGCCUCAUCGAUGACUGCAUCGAGAAGUUCGCCCUGCACGAGCAGCAGCGCCUGAAGAUCCAGGGGGAGCCGCGCGGCGCGGAGCCCGGACAGGACCUGGCCGUCCUGGAGGAGGCGGCGGCGCCCGGGUGUCCCCGAGACGGCCUGCCCGGGGAGGCGGACAGCGGGGUCGUCGGCUCCCACCCUGGCCUGCCUGGCGGGGCCAGCCAGCCUGCUCUGUUUGGCUCUCGGGUGUGCUUCCCCGAGCGGAUUCUGGAAGAUUCCGCCUUUGAUGAGCAGCAGGAGUUCCGGUCUCGGUGCAGCAGCGUCACCGGAGCGCAGCGGAGAGUCCCCGAAAGCAGCCAGAAGCCGCAGCCGCGCCGCAGGCACGCGAGCGCCCCCAGCCACGUGCAGCCGUCGGACGCGGGCAAGAACCGCACCAUGCUCUUCCAGGUUGGACGAUUUGAGAUUAACCUUAUCAGUCCAGACACUAAAUCACUUGUGCUAGAAAAGAAUUUUAAAGAUAUCUCCUCUUGUUCUCAGGGUAUAAAGCACGUGGACCACUUCGGCUUUAUCUGUCGGGAGUCUGCAGAGGCUGGGCUAAGCCAGUACACUUGUUACGUGUUCCAGUGUGCCAGUGAGUCGCUGGUGGAUGAGGUCAUGCUGACUCUGAAGCAGGCUUUCAGUACAGCUGCCGCCCUGCAGAGCGCCAAGACCCAGAUUAAGCUGUGUGAGGCCUGCCCCAUGCACUCUUUGCAUAAGCUCUGUGAAAGGAUCGAAGGUCUGUAUCCCCCAAGAGCCAAGCUGGUAAUUCAGAGGCAUCUCUCAUCCCUGACAGAUAACGAGCAAGCUGACAUCUUUGAAAGAGUGCAGAAAAUGAAGCCAGUCAGUGACCAAGAGGAAAAUGAACUUGUGAUCUUACACCUGCGGCUGCUGUGUGAAGCCAAACAGAAGACGCACGUGCACAUCGGGGAUGGCCCGGUGACAAUUUCAAAUAGUAUAGUCCCGGAAAAUGCGACAAGCAGCGGAAGGUUCAAACUUGACAUUCUGAAAAAUAAAGCUAAGAGAUCCUUAACGAGCUCCCUGGAAAAUAUCUUCUCAAGGGGAGCUAACAGGAUGAGAGGUCGGCUUGGAAGUGCGGACAGCUUUGAACGAUCUAACAGUCUUGCUUCAGAGAAGGACUACUCACCAGGAGACUCGCCACCAGGGACACCACCAGCCUCCCCACUGUCUUCGGCUUGGCAAACGUUCCCUGAAGAGGAUUCUGACUCACCGCAGUUUCGAAGACGGGCACACACGUUCAGCCACCCACCUUCAAGUACAAAGAGAAAGCUGCAUUUCCAGGACGGGAGGGCUCAUGGCCUGCGCUCCCCCUUGCUGAGGCAGAGCUCCAUCGAGCAGUGCAGCAUUCUUCCUUCCGUUCGACGCAUGCACUUGGAGAGUAAUUCUUCCUCCAGUCUUCCAAGUCUUCACACUUCCUUCUCCGCCCCUUCCUUCACUGCCCCCUCUUUCCUGAAAAGCUUUUACCAGAAUUCAGGUAGACUCUCCCCACAGUAUGAAAAUGAAAUCAGUGAUGGGGAAGGGAGAAAGAGGACCUCGUCGACCUGCAGUAAUGAAUCCCUAAAUGCUGGAGCGAACUCUGGCACCCCUCGCCGCGUCUCCUGGAGGCAACGCAUUUUCCUCAGGGUUGCGUCUCCCGUGAACAAAUCUCCCUCAGCCAUGCAGCAGCCAGAUGGACUGGACAGGAAUGAGCUGCUGCCGCUGUCCCCUCUCACUCCGACCAUGGAGGAGGAACCAAUGGUUAUAUUCCUGGCUGGUGAUGAUGAUCCAGACAAGAUCGAAGAACAAAAGAAAUCCAAAGAGCUGAGGAGUUUGUGGAGAAAAGCUAUACACCAACAGAUCUUGUUGCUUCGGAUGGAGAAAGAAAACCAGAAACUUGAAGCAAGCAGAGAUGAACUGCAGUCCAGAAAAGUUAAAUUAGACUAUGAAGAAGUGGGUGUAUGUCAGAAGGAAGUCUUAAUAACCUGGGAUAAGAAGUUAUUAAACUGCAGAGCUAAAAUCAGAUGUGAUAUGGAAGAUAUUCAUAUUUCUCUUAAAGAAGGAGUUCCCAAAAGUCGUCGGGGAGAAAUUUGGCAGUUCCUAGCUUUACAAUACCGACUAAGACACAGAUUGCCUGAUAAGCAGCAGCCUCCUGACACGUCCUAUAAAGAGCUUCUGAAGCAGCUCACGGCUCAGCAGCACGCCAUUCUCGUGGACUUAGGAAGGACAUUUCCUACUCACCCUUACUUUUCAGUGCAGCUCGGGGCAGGGCAGCUGUCACUCUUUAACCUCCUGAAAGCUUAUUCCUUGCUGGACAAAGAAGUGGGUUACUGUCAGGGGAUCAGCUUUGUGGCCGGGGUCCUGCUUCUGCACAUGAGUGAAGAGCAGGCCUUUGAAAUGCUGAAGUUCCUCAUGUACGACCUCGGCUUCCGCAAGCAGUACAGACCCGACAUGAUGUCACUACAGAUUCAAAUGUACCAGCUGUCCAGGCUCCUUCAUGACUAUCACAGAGAUCUCUACAAUCAUCUAGAAGAAAAUGAAAUCAGCCCCAGUCUUUAUGCCGCCCCCUGGUUCCUCACACUGUUUGCCUCUCAAUUUUCACUAGGAUUUGUAGCGAGAGUUUUUGAUAUUAUUUUUCUUCAGGGAACUGAAGUCAUAUUUAAGGUUGCACUCAGCCUGCUGAGCAGCCAGGAGACACUUAUAAUGGAAUGUGAAAACUUUGAGAAUAUUGUUGAAUUUCUUAAAAGCACGCUACCUGAUAUGAACACCUCUGAAAUGGAAAAAAUUAUUACCCAGGUUUUUGAGAUGGACAUUUCCAAGCAGUUACAUGCCUAUGAGGUGGAGUAUCACGUGCUGCAGGAUGAGCUGCAGGAAGCUUCCUAUGCCUGUGAGGAUAGCGAACCUGUGGAGAAGCUGGAGAGGGCCAACAGCCAACUGAAAAGACAAAACAUGGAUCUCCUCGAAAAAUUACAGGUGGCUCAUGCUAAAAUCCAGGCCUUGGAAUCAAACCUGGAAAACCUUUUGACCAGAGAGACCAAAAUGAAGUCUUUAAUCCGGACUCUGGAACAAGAUAAAAUGACUUACCAAAAGACGGUGGAGCAAAUCCGGAAGCUGCUGCCCGCGGACGCUCUGGCCAGUUGUGAAGUGCUUCUGCGAGAUCUCAACUGCAACCCGAACAACAAAGCCAAGACAGGAAAUAAGCCAUAAUAUAAGAGGUGUGGCCUCAGCAGAAAGUGCUUCUUAGAAUACUACGGAAAGGAAGGGCCAGCCUGCCACUGGCCCGAGGCUGGACCCUGACACUGAUGGAACCACCUGUCAUUGGUGCUGAGCCCCUAGUCACAGCAGGUGGACCUCACUGUCCUCAGAGAUGCCAAACUUAAGCCAUUGUAUAUAUGUAGACUGGUUUUUGUUGCUGUUGCCAUGUACAUAUAUAUAAAAUA